UUACUAAACAAAAGCACGUAGAUGCACAAUUCAAUCUUGCAUUAUGUUAUUUUUAUAGUAAUGGUAUUGAAGAAAAUCAAACUAAAGCAUUUGAAUUCUUUGAAAAAGCAGUGGAAAGUGGAGAUAAAGUUGUACAACUUAUAGUAUUUAGAUAUUUAAUAUCAAAUGGAAGGGAUGUUACUGAUCAUGAAAUUCAACAAUGUAUUAUUGUUGCAAUGUUACUUGAAACUUGUAAUGAAGAAAGAUAA